CUGUAAUAACUUUAGUCAUCCGCUUCACUUUAAACUCAUCCGGAGCCUGUUGCGCAUGCAGACAUAAAGCUUUUCAGGAAUGAAGAUGAUGAUGUUACAGAUCAUUUUGCUCUUGACUGAAUUUGUUCUGGUGUCUUCAUACUCAUUAAAUUCCACAGUUCAGUGUGAAUACAAAACGAGGGUGAGACGGAAAGUGAGAGCUGGAGAAUCCCUAUAUCUGGACUGUCCGAAUCUCCAGUGCCAUAGUGACACUACAAACAGCUCGUAUCUUUGGUUCAGAAACCUCAGCGUAACAAAUCAGAUGGAGCUGAUCGGGACGGAGGAGAGCGAGCGCGUCCAUUACCACGAGUCUGGUCUGUACAUCCUCGGGUUAAACCUGAACGACACGGGACGAUACAUCACACAAUGGUGGUAUGAAGAGGAUCAGUGUGCUGAAUAUGAAACUGACGUUGUGGUUUAUGAGGAGUUCAGCACGGAUCUCUUGUACCCUGACAUAGUACAACAGGAGACGUCGGAAUUCAAAUGUCCCGUGUGUGAAUAUCAGCAGGGCUCGUUCAUCUGGUAUAAGAAUUUCUCUCUUAUUCCAAACCAAGAGUCUUUUAUACGUAUCCGUAAGCCUUCAAAACAAAGCGAGGGCAUUUACACCUGCGUUUGCACGUGGGAGCAUAACGGGACAAAUCACAACACGUCUGGAUCCCGCCGACUGAUUUUCAAAGAACAGACCAUCAGCAGUCCUCCAAAGUUUCUGCUGCCCAUCAAUAACUCCAUUGUGAGCGCUGAUGUGGGUUCAGAAGUGAUCCUCAAUUGUUCGGCCUUCUUUGGACUGUCUGUGUGUAAACAGUGCUCUGUUCGCUGGGAGAUGAAUGGAAUCAGGCUGUCUAGUUUGGAUGGAUUCUACAAGCUAGAACAACGACAGAAAGAUGGCACCGUUCAGCUGGUUUUGACCAUCGCUAAAGUUUCUGAGUCUGACCUCCGUUCUGUGUUUCGCUGCAGAGCUGAAGGCUCAGUUAAAGUGAUUUAUGUGUUAGUCACUUUGAAGAGACGAGCAUCAGUCCUCCCUGUGAUUCUGGGAUGCAUUUGCACGUUUCUUGUUUUUCUGCUGGUCGGUGGAAUAGUGAAGUGGUUUGCAUUGGAUCUUAUGCUGUUCUUAAGGCCAAUUUUCAUCAAGCUCUACAGGAAAGAGGAUGGGAAACUGUAUGACGCUUAUGUGAUUUACCAGAGAAACAACUUGGAUGAGACCACAAGCAAAGCUAUAGGUGAUUUUGUGAAUGGAUCUCUGCUGACAGUGCUGGAGAGCUACUAUGGCUUUAAACUGUUUAUUCACGGCAGAGACGACCUGCCCGGAGAAGACUGCAUGAGCCUGAUCGAGGCGAAGAUCCAGCUCAGCCGGAGACUGAUCAUUAUUUUAACCCCAAGAGCGAGCGCAGAUAAAAGCAGUGUUUCUUCUGAAGCAUAUGACCUGCAGUUAGGGCUCUAUCAGGCUCUGGUCCAGGGAGAAACUAGUGUGAUUCUCAUCCAGUUGGGAAAGAUGCAGGACUACACACAUCUGCCUCUCGGACUGCAGCAUCUGCUCCGCAAGACUUCACCUUUGCUGUGGAAAGACAGCGAAUCCUCACCGAACUCCAGGUUCUGGAAACAAGUGCGAUAUCAGAUGCCUGCUGCGUCGUCCUGUCAGAGGAGUCUACUAGUUUGAUGCAAGAGAUCUCUUCUGC